UAGGUUGGAAACAAGGAGACGCUCCAGAAUAUAAAGCAUAUUAUUUAUACCUGUAUGGGCUUUCAAAAUAGUCAUCCGUAGUAUUACUACUACUCACACUUGUCCAUGUAAAUAUAUUUAGUAAUUGGAUAAAUGACCCGAGGCCUGUGACAUCUGAGGGGUGAUCCACAUAAAGAGCAUUGCAUUUUUAUAUAAUUAAAGCUACAAAAUAAUAUAUUUAAAGUAGGCUAUUUGAUAUCACCUCUAGGCUAUGAUUAACGUUUUGAAUGAAGUGUUUGCUGUGCGUGGCCUAAUGUCAAUAUUUAGGUGAUAUCAUAUCUGUCCAUCUUAUUUUCUUUUGUAAUGUGAAAGUAGCCUAAGCUAUUUUCUUUUGGGUUCCGAUUCAUUAUCAGUAACUGAACAACUUGCGCUACAAACCAGUGCUUUUUAUGAUUUUGAAAAUAAGAUGAACCGCGAAAACGUCUGAAGAGACUGAAAACCUUGUAUAAAAAUAUUAGUGGUUUCCUUCAAUAUGUAGUUUAUGGGGGGAAAAAAAGGUUUUGGAAAACUUACUGAAAUCUUAAACCAAUAUUUUGUAACUUGACAAAGUGAUAGCCUAAAUUAUGGCCCUCAUGAAUGUGUACGGCCUGAAAAGUUAAAAAAUUAAGUUAAAAUGACUUUUAAAUGACACUUUUUGUUAAAAUCAAAUAGAACGGGCUUUUCCUAUAAGAAAGAACAUCUGAUAUGAUUCAAACCGAUCAUUUACUUUAAAAAGAAGACAAUUUUAGGCAUCAAAUAUUCUAUUUCUCUUUCAAGACGUUUUCAAAUUUCAAAUGUAAACAAAGACCGCCAAAUUCGCUUUUGUUCGUUCAUUUCAGAUAUCCUUGUUUACAAUAUCAUGUCAAGAAACGUGCAGCUGGAUAAUGAAUCAUCAAACAUACUAACCCUACAUUUGCAUACUUAACACCGGUCCUCGGGUAAUACAGCGCACCUCGCCCUAUUUUCCACUCGUCUAUCACUGCCAUAGUUUAAUUCCUGACUCCAUUCAUUAUCUGAGCACAGAGGAACACACCGCUUGUGAUGGUUGGGUACCAGGUAAGGGAGUGAACGAGUGCAGCCAUAGCAAUGUAGUUGUUUGGUGACAUUGGGACGCGGAGUAAAGGACUGAGCAUCUGCCCACGUCUGCGCUUUCGCAAUCUGGCUGCGUCAGGAUUCACCUCGAAGCACCGCUGUGAUGGACGAAGCGGAGGACGGCGAUGAAGACCACAAAGAGACUCGCAGGGGCGACAUCCUUGACUCUUCCUACAAGAUGAAGCGUGUAACGCCAGGAGGGGGAGCAGCGGCGAGCAGGAUCUCCAACAACAAGGACUUCGCCUCCGUCUCCUGUGGACGCAGCACGGAAUCCACCGCGCUCCUCUGCCACGGAGAUGCUGCCAGGGACAAGAGUGGGGUUGACGGCGAGGAUGGCUCCGGAAUGAGAUGCGUGAUCAACGGAGACUGCCGAAGAGACGAGAGCUUGUCCUCAACCCUCUCCAAGCAGGAGAAGCAGACAGGUGGAGGCUUCCCAGCAUCUGCAUGUCACUCCAGCACCUCCAGCAUGGACGGCUCGGUCACUCCUGCCCCGACCGCCGCUGCUCCUCCCGCUGAGAAGAAGGACUCGAGAGUUUCCUUCUCCAGCGCUCCACCGACCCAAGGACCGAGCUCGAACCAGCAGCAUUCGCAGCCGGACAGUUCUGUCGGCUUUCCCAAGUCUGAGGAUGGCCAGAUCACGGCAGAUGAUGCGGAAGCCAGGGACAAUCAAACUUACAUGCAGAGGCAGUUCAGCUCCAUGCUGCAGCCCGGGGUCAACAAAUUCUCCCUGCGUAUGUUUGGGAGUCAAAAGGCAGUGGAGAAGGAACAGGAACGAGUCAAAUCCGCCGGCAAUUGGAUUAUUCAUCCAUACAGUGAUUUCAGGUUCUACUGGGAUUUCACAAUGCUAAUGUUUAUGGUGGGCAACUUGAUUAUCAUUCCUGUGGGCAUCACCUUCUUCAAGGAGGAAACCACCACCCCUUGGAUUAUCUUCAACGUUGUGUCUGACACGUUCUUCCUCAUGGACCUGGUAUUGAACUUCCGCACAGGCAUAGUCUAUGAAGACAACACGGAGAUAAUACUGGACCCUGAAAAGAUCAAGAUGAAGUACCUGAAGACAUGGUUUGUGGUGGACUUUGUCUCAUCCAUCCCGGUGGAUUAUAUCUUUCUCAUCGUAGAGAAAGGCAUUGACUCUGAGGUUUACAAGACGGCCAGAGCAUUGCGGAUUGUGCGUUUCACCAAGAUCCUCAGUUUACUGCGACUUCUUAGACUAUCCAGACUGAUUCGGUACAUCCAUCAAUGGGAAGAGGUAAGAUGAGUGUCAAUGCUGUUCAUAUUUAUUGUUAAAGCCAGAUAGUGUCUUCCGAAUUGUGAUGGUGGGAAGAAACGGAAAUACUUUUUUUCGUUGAGUAGGUCGCCUGAUGGUGGUUGCCAUUUGAAAACUACUAACUUUAUUUCACUUACUUCUCCAAUACAAGACUUUUCCACUCAUGGCAUGACUGAAAAUAACAUUGGUAACUCAAAACAGUUGAUAAAU